UUAAAUACAUAACCCCAAAUUUCCGAGAAAACUGAGUGAGUCAAACCGUGUGACAGAUAAUAUUCAUUUAUUUACUUAAUUACUGAGUAAAACUAUCAAAUACUGGAGAAAUUACCAAAAAGAGGAUUAAUUAAUUGACUUGGGAAUUGACCAAAGAGAUAAUGUCGGGGGGAAUGUUGUACGGUGGUGAUGAGAUUGGAGCCCUGGUGUUCGACCUGGGCCACCACUCGUUGCGAGUGGGUUACGCCCAGGAGGACACACCAAAAGCGGAGAUUCCAGCUGUCGUUGGAAUCGGCGAGGACACCAACGGAGGUAGCAACAAGGGGGAGCCCAUGGAUGUUGAUGACAAGAAGCCAGACAGCAACAUAACUCAGUCCAAACCCAAGUACUACAUCGACACAACGAUUCUUCAUGUUCCUCGACCAAGUAUGGAGGUGGUCUCCUACAUGAAAGACGGUAUGAUCGAGGACUGGGACCACUUUGAGAAGGUGCUGGACUACACAUACUCAAAAGUUAUCCAGUCUGACGCCGAGUAUCACCCAGUCCUCUUCUCCGAGUCACCCUGGAACAUUCGUAGCAAGCGAGAGAGACUUACAGAGCUCAUGUUCGAGAAGUACAACGUGCCAGCGUACUUCCUCGUGAAGAAUGCCGUACUGGCGGCUUUUGCCAAUGGCAGAGCCACUGGCAUUGUUGUGGACUCUGGGGCAACUCACACAUCAGCUGUUCCCGUUCAAGACGGCUUCGUCCUGACUCAGGCCAUUGUCAAAUCCCCGCUCGGUGGCGACUACAUCAGCAUGCAGUGCCGACAAUAUCUUCAGGAGAACGAGAUUGAUCUGUCACCUGCGUACAUGGUUGGGAGCAAGGAGAUUGUCAAGGACCAUGAGAAACCCAGGUGGACUCCCAAAAAGGGAAUUCCAGAGGUCACCAAGUCCUGGCAUAAUUACAUGGUGAAGAAAAUUAUUCAGGACUUCCAGGCGACUGUUCUCCAGAUCUCAGAAACACCUUAUGACGAGAAACUUGUGUCGACUAUUCCGGCUGUUCAGUAUGAAUUCCCUACAGGGUACCACCAGGAUUUCUCGACCGAGAGAUUUAGGAUACCAGAAGCCCUAUUCGAUCCGAGUGUAGUUCCCAUAAGGGGUGGGCUAGUGGGUAAUACGAUGUUGGGCUGUGGCCACAUAGUCACCACGAGUGUUGGCAUGUGCGAUGUUGACGUGAGACCGGCGUUGUAUGGAAGUGUAGUUGUCACUGGUGGAAAUUCGUUUAUUCAGGGAUUCCCCGAACGCCUCAAUCGUGAUUUAUCGAUGAGAAUUCCCUCAAGCAUGAGAUUAAAACUGAUCAGUGCUAAUGGCUGUGCUGAGAGGAGAUUUGGCGCCUGGAUAGGAGGAUCUAUCCUCGCCUCUAUCGGAACUUUCCAGCAGAUGUGGAUAUCCAAUCAGGAGUACGAGGAGAGCGGAAAGAGUCAAGUAGAGCGAAAAUGUCCGUAAGCUGUUAGAAUUCCCAGACAACGAUAUUUUUAUUCACAUUUUACAGGGGAAUAGUGUAUUCCCUACAAUCCAACAUUUUCCGUGGAAAAACGUGGCAUUAUCUCAAUAACCACUGGGUUGAGAGGAAAAUGUGAAAAGACAUUUGACGUAGAUAAUUACAUUUUCCAAAAAAAAGUUCAGGCACAUUUUUUCGUAAAUUCAUCGGCCUAUGAUAGAUUGAGGAAAUUGAAUGAUUGAAUUGAACAUAAUCAUGCUAUUGUGACGUUAUCCUUUAAUUCCCCAAUUAUCCCGAUAAUGAAUCGCUCUAGAACUAAAUGUUUAACACAAUUUUUUGAGGAGAAUUAAAUUUCUUACAAAACAAUGUCCAGUUGGUUGCUCUCUGGAUGGUUUUCCUCUGAAGCCAAUGGUUUCUCGAAUAAUUCACCUUUUAACAUCUUUUUCACUUCGCUCAUCAAUUUUUUACUCAGAAAUUGGAAAAAUUAUCGCGGUAAUUAUCAACAGUUGAUCAUUCACUCGACAUUGCGUGAUACAUGGAUCUUGUAAAGAUGUAUUUUGUAAAAUAUAAAAGAAAAUUAUACCAAUA